AUGGGUACGUGGUGCCCGUGCCAGUAUAUAGGUCCUUGCUCCCGAGUUGCGCUCUGGUUUGCCCGUUGCCGCCAUCCGAGUCGCGAUACACCGGAGCGCAUACCGGGAGGCUGUCACCAUCCGGGAUCCGCAGAUGACAGCGCAUAUGUAAUCGCUCAAACUGUCGGGCCACUGAUCUCACCACUCUCGCCCACUCUCACAUCAGCUCGCAAAAACAUCCUCGUCACUGGUGCGGCUGGUUACAUUGGUACGUCGUCGCGAACGUUUCCGUUUCGGCGGAGCGUGCACGUGGAGUUCCCAUCGAUGGCGCCCGAGCGGAGCGGAUCGAUCAUCUUGACUGGCUCGCUGACCACUGGCGAUCAUCAUCCAUCACGCCCCACCGCUUCGCUUCGGCUUUGCUCGUGACUCCCGCCGAACAGGCUCGCACAUCGCAUUAUGCUGCCUCUUGUCGGGCCAGUACUCGGUCGUGACCAUUGACAAGUCAGUCUCAACCGCAAGCUAGCUGGCCGCCUGUGGCAUACCUUCCCGACGCGGCCUAACUCAUCCCGAUCGCUGACCGUGGUCGUCCGGCCUAUGCGCCACUCUUCCCUCUCGCGCUUCAAUCUGUCACGCACUCUUCGAUGGAACUAGCUUCUCCAACUCGUUCCCAACGGCCAUGACCCGCGUCUCCAAGCUCGCCGUCGAGGCCUUACCCGCCGACGCCUCGGACGAAGAGAAGAAGGCCUGCCAGAUCGACGUCGUCAAAGGCGACAUCACCAUCAAGUCCGACAUCGAGAAAAUCUUCGAGGCGUACAAGGCCAAGGGCGGUAUUUGGGGUGUCAUCCAUGUUGCGGCUCUGAAGGCGGUGGGAGAGUCGGCCGAGAAGCCGAUUCAGUACUACGAGGCCAACAUCACGGCCACCAUCAACUUGCUCGAUGUGAGUGAGGGGAGAUGAAACAGAUUGAACUUCCUUCGAAGCUGACGCACGUAUCCCACUCCAUAGGUCAUGGCUCGCCACCAGGUGUACAACAUCGUCUACUCGUCGUCCGCGACCGUCUACGGGGCCCCCCAACAGAUCCCCAUCCCCGAGACCUCGGUCCUCGCCCCCGAGUCCGUCUACGGCCGUACCAAGCACAUGUCCGAACUGAUCAUCAAGGACGUGUGCGACUCGAACCCCGACACGUGGCGAGCGAUCGGUCUGCGCUACUUCAACCCCGCCGGUGCUCAUCCCUCCGGUGAGAUCGGUGAGGACCCUCGAGGCAAGCCUGGAAACCUGUUGCCCCUUUUGGCGCAGAUGGCCGUUGGUAAAUUCGCCAAGGAGGGGCUGAAGAUCUUCGGUAACGAUUACCCUACGCCCGAUGGCACUUGCGUUCGUGACUACAUCCACGGUCAGUUCUUGCGCGUCUUGUGGCGAUCUUGUCACCCCGAAAGGUACAUGAUCCUAUCAAAAGACGGCAUGACUCAUCCCUUUGACGCUUCUUCACACACAGUCAUGGACUUGGCCCAAGGCCACGUCGACGCCCUCGCCGCCCUAACCCGCGACUCGACCUACGCCUCCCUCGGCACCCAAAAAUCCCAAUUCGGUGGUUCCGGCGGCAAAUACAAGGCGUACAACCUCGGUAAAGGAAAGGGCAUGUCCGUCCUCCAAAUGGUCGAAGCCAUGCGUGUAGCGUCAGGUUUCGAAUACAAGUACGAGAUCGUCGGAAGAAGGGUCGGCGACGUGCCGGAUUUGACGGCCGAUCCGGCGUUGGCGGAGAAGGAGAUGGGCUUCAAGGCGCCGAGGAACUUGCAGGAGAUGUGUAGGGACCAAUGGAACUGGCAGUCCAAGAACCCCAAGGGGUACGAGGGACAGGAGGAGUAG